AUGGGAGAGCAGAUACCACUGCGACUAAAUUCUGCGAAGACAUGCAGAAUAUGCUUUGAUACUGAUAACCCUAAUGAUUUUAUUAGUCCAUGUUUAUGCAAAGGUGGAUCAGCAUACGUUCAUAGAAAAUGUUUAGAUGAUUGGCGAUCGGUUAAUAAAAAUGGUAGAGCUUUCAAUUAUUGCGAUGUUUGCCAAUUUGAAUAUGUUAUUGAACCAGUGGUAGAUGAUCCAUCGUCUGAUAAACACAGAUUGCUUGUGUUUCGUUUAUUAGUUACUCGUGAUAUAACCUUGAUUGUUUUAUUAUUUCAAUUAAUCAUUGUUGGCAUGACAUUUUUGUUACAGGCUGCCGAUAAGAAAUCGAAUACAAUUAAAGAUUUAUAUCCAAAUUCUAUGAGUUCAUUUGGUAUCUAUUAUCUGAGCAGCUUAAUAUUAUUCUUCGCUUUCUUAGGACUCCUUGGUUUGAUUGGUUUCUGUUGUGGAUGGAUGAACGAUAAUCACAACACAAAUAGAAGAAGUGAUACUUGUCCAAAUUGCGCUUGUUAUCCUUAUAAUUGUAUAUGCCUGGAUUGCCAUGGUUGUGAUGGAGAUAAUAACUGUAGUGGAGGUGGAGGCGAUGGAGGCGGCGCUGCUAUAGUAGUGAUAGCCAUUAUAUUGAUAUUUGCUGCUAUUGGAAUAGUUGUUGGAGUGAUUUUAACUGCAAUGCUUGUAAGCAAGAUAAUGAAACGUCAUACAAAUAAAUUGUGGUUAAGGCAAGAAGCUAAAAAAUAUGUUGUAACCGAUUUUCAAGGAAGAAUGCACGAAUUGGAGAGCAUGCCAGCUCAGCGUCGUAUCGAAGUAUCAACUAUACAUGUACAAAAAUAA